AUGAGCAGCAGCAGCAACGUCAUCCCAGCCCUAGUUGGUCACAAAUAUCCUGCGAAGGAGCACUGUUUGAAAGUCAAGGGACACUUUUUGCAGAAGAAAGGUCUUGCGAAGGAUAGUGCGUCAGCAAUUUUCAUUGCUGGUGGAGAAAUCGAACCAGUCAAGUACUGUGAUCAAACUAAGUUGUUCAGACAAAACAGAUACUUCUUCUACUUGACUGGCUGUAACAUUCCAGGGUCCUCUGUUUUGUUUGACUUGAAGAGUGAGAAGCUUACGUUGUUCUUGCCUGAUGUCGAUGCGGAAGAUAUUAUGUGGAGCGGUCUUCCAAUGAGCGUUGAUCAAGCUAGGGCCAAGUUCGAUGUCGAUGAGGUGCUUUACAGUAGUGACCUUGCUGGUGUUUUCGACGAUAAAAUGAGCGACCACAAAAUUUACACCAUUGAUUUGGAUAAUGUUCACGACCCUAAGAUAGAAGCCAAGCUAAUCAGCGGUGAUGAGGAUCUAUUCUAUGCUCUUGAUGAGUCUAGAUUGAUUAAGGAUUGGUAUGAAAUUGAACUAUUGAGAAAGGCAUGCCAGGUUACUGACACAUGCCACAAGGCUGUGAUGUCUGCAUUACCAAUCGAGAAGACUGAAGGCCAUAUCCAUGCUGAGUUUACCUACCAUGCCCUUCGUCAAGGUUCCAAGUUCCAAGGUUAUGAUCCAAUUUGUUGCAGUGGGCCAAGCUGCUCCACUUUGCACUACGUCGACAACGACGCUGAUAUGGACGGAAAGCAUUCCGUUUUGAUUGAUGCAGGUGCAGAAUGGGAAAACUAUACUGCUGAUGUCACUAGAUGUUUCCCAAUUAGCGGUAAAUGGACUAAAGAACAUCGUGAAAUCUACGAUGCCGUUUUGGAUAUGCAUUCAACAGCUAUGGAACAGAUUAAGGAUGGAGCUUCCUGGGAAGAAAUUCAUCUCUCCACACACAGGGUGUUGAUCAAGCAUUUACUAAAAUUAGGUAUUUUCAAGUCAUCAUUCACUGAAGAAGAAAUCUUUGAAAGAAAGGCCUCUGUAGCUUUCUUCCCUCACGGUCUAGGACACUUGCUCGGAAUGGAUACCCACGACGUUGGUGGAAGACCAAACUAUGAAGACCCAAACCCUUACUUAAAAUUCUUGAGACUACGUCGUACUUUGCAAAACGGUAUGGUUAUUACAAAUGAGCCAGGCUGUUACUUUAACCCAUUCUUGAUCGAGGAGUUCUUACGCAAAUAUCCUGAAAGAAGCGAAGUCGUUGAUUAUGAAGUCAUUGAGAAAUAUUCUUACAUCGGUGGUGUCAGAAUUGAGGAUGACGUGCUAGUUACAAAGGAUGGCUACGAAUGUCUAAGUAAAAUUACUACAGAUCCAGAAGAGAUCGAAAAAAUCGUGUCUGAUGGUAUUGCUAAGGGCCGUUCGCAUUUCCACGUAUUGGCUUAG